CACAAAAGUAUAUCAAUCUCUUGUAGCAUCAACAAAUUACAUAGCAUAUAAUCAAUAAACUUACACAUACUUAUAUUAAUGAUGAUAACUCUUGCAAACCAAAUACAACACAGUUUGCAAAACAAGCCCAAACAAGAACAAACAAGACAACAACAAGAAACACAAUAUCCCAUAACCUAUUCUGUCCACAUAACCAAAACACCAUGUUCCAUUCACAACCACUACCUUAAAAACCAACCUUAUCAAGAAAAACGAAACGUUCAGCACCAAAAAUAUAAAUAUUAUUCCAUUGAUGCAAUUCUGCAAGUCAAAUACCAUCCAUCCCCUAUGAAGGGUUAAUGUGAGGAAGAAAUUAAAGGUGUUUUCAUUUGAAACAUGAAAUGUAAGUUGAAUUGAAGGGUUGGAGUCUAAUUAUUCAAAUUUUAAUCAAACAAGUCCCACAUCGAAAACUUUGUAAAACACAUAGAGCAAGAUGUUUAUAAAACAUAGGCUAUGUUACUCAACUAGUUGCAAUUACAAACUCGUUGACUGUCAUGUCACUCGAUUCGGUUGUUGUUACAAAUUCGUCGACUGCAAUGUCGCGGCGGCGGCUAAGGAUUCGCAUCGUAAGGAAAGAGGACAGAUUAAGUGCUCUGCCGGAUUCACUUAUUGACCACAUUCUCUCAUUCCUUCCGACCAAAGAUGCCUUCGCCACAAGCAUCCUUUCAAAAAGUUGGAAACAUCUCUGGCGUUCACAACUCAACAUCAACUUGGAUGACAGACCCUUUCCAGACACUCUCGCCUUUCACCAAUUCUUCAAUUCCCUCAUCACCAUGCGAGAUAACACCCUACCCAUCCUCUCAUUCCACCUUAAAUGCCACUGCGCCUUCUUCCGCAAACACCAUUUCCACGAUUUUGUUUAUGCGCCAAUUGCAAGAGGAGUCCAAAUCCUAAUUAUCGAUCUCUGCUACCCAGCCACACUGCCUUCUUUAGUUCUAACCACAAAAACCUUGACAGUCCUCAAAUUGAAGAGGAUAUUAUUGAACUACGUUCGUUACGUUGAUCUUCCCUCCCUCCAAGUCCUUCACUUGGAAGAUGUCACUUUCACAUUUUUGCACUGUCUCCAUAAACUUCUAUCUGGCUGCCCCAUUUUACGAGAGUUGGAAACUAAUGAUUUAACAAUAAAAACCCGAACUAUGAUGUCUGCUACAGCUACUGCAAGCCUAUCCAAUUUGGUCACAGCUAACAUUUCCGGUAAUAAUACUAUUGGCCUUGAGUGGCUUCAUAAUGUGGACCAUCUCCACAUACAGCUGAACUGGACGCCACCUACUAUUCGUGGCAUGUUUCACAAUUUAACCCACCUCAACCUUAUAUUCAGCUUUGACCGUGAACAUUUUGCGGUUUCCAAGUGGCGUUGGCUUGUACAAAUGCUUCAAAAUACCCCCAACCUUCAAACUCUUAUCAUUCAUGAAGUCUUUAAGGUUGAUGCUUACGCGGUAAACUAUUUUCCUAUUAAAGAAUGGAAGGACCCAGAAAUUGUUCCAGAAUGUCUUUUAUCUCAUCUUACAACAUGCUCCUUUAGAAAUUACACUCACAUAGAUUGUGAGCUUCGAUUUGCGAAAUAUAUAAUGCAGAAUUCAAGACUACUAAACACCAUGACAAUUCAGAGUGACAAACUCUUUGACACAAAUAUAAAGCUUCAAAUUUUAAUAGAUUUAUCUUCAUGCCCAAGGAUUUCACCCACAUGUAAACUUUUAUUUAUUUGAAUGAUACAUACUUGAUAGGGCAUCGUGCAAUAGCCACAUGUAAACUCUAGAUUAAUAAUAAUUAUACUUGAAAGACAAGUUCCUUUGGUUCACAUUGAAUUCUAGAGCUUAUUAGAUUGACCUGUCAUUGUUGUUUUGUAUGGACUAAUGUAAGCUAGUAUAUGCUUAAGCAUUUUUUUUUUUUGUAUAAAGCAGUUGGGGGAGAGAAAGAUUGAACAGUUUGAGUUGGGUUGUUUUCUAGACAUGUAAUUUAGUUUGGAAGGAAUGCUAUUGUUGUAAGUAUCAGCUAAGGUCAGGUGCUACACCAAGGAUGACUUUCAAGAGCCGUCUAAGUAACUUGCAGGAAGAGGCUCUUUAUCCUGUGCUCCAAAAAUUUCUUUUACAGAUUUGAAAAGAUUGAUUAGUUUUAAUGAAUGUGUUGAUGUGGGGAUGGAAUAGUGACAUGACUUAGCCAACUUUUCUAUGCUUAAAUUCCUUCAUUGACACUGCUAAUCAAAAAAGGUCUUUAACUUCCUUGAUUGACACUCCUAAUUAAAAAAAAGUCUCAACUCAUCAAGAAAAGUCAAAGCAUUUAUUAAUACUAUCUCAAUUUGCUACAGCAGCCACAUAUGACCAUACAUUACUUUAUAACACAUUAGAACAUAUUAUCAAUCUGAUCUAACCAGAUGAGAUUAGUCAUUGGAUUUCACAUAAAAGCAUAUCAAUUUCUUGUAGCAUCAACAAAUUACAUAGCAUAUAAUUAAUAAACUUACACAUACUCAUAUUAAUGUUUCAUUGUACCAUGUAACAAUCUUAUAACAUAACAUAUAGUUCCAUUAAUUCCAACUCAAACCCUAUAAUUCUCCAGCUGAACAUCCUUAGCUGUCAAUGGCACAUACUCUCCCAGAUAAACUUCAAGAUGAUCAGCCAAAGCAGACUUAUCAAUAUUCUCAUGAUGAUAACUCUUGCAAACCAAAUACAACACAGUUUGCAAAACAAGCCCAAACAAGAACAAACAAGACAGCAACAAGAAACACAAUAUCCCAUAACCUGUUCUGUCCACAUAACCAAAACACCAUGUUCCAUUCACAACCACUACCUUAAAAACCAACCUUAUCAAGAAAAACGAAACGUUCAGCACCAAAAAUAUAAAUAUCGACAAACCCAUUUUCCCUUUUAUCAAGUCCUUGCUCUUCACCAUAGCCUUGAAUCCAUACAAAUCCUCCAACACUGUCACAACACUAGCUAGUUGCCAUAUCAAAGUUAAGUAAACAAAUCCAAUAAAAUAGAAUAUUAUCAAGAAAAUAAGCAAAACAGCACCACCGUUUUUCUCACCAACUGUCAUCACUACGAAGAUAAUAACCAGAAAGGUUAGAACAUUGUAAACGAAGAAAGCAGCAUAGGCACAUAGGAAAGUGAGCAUGAGUCUCUUCCAAACCUUAGGAACGAUUUUCAUGACUUUUUUGAAGGAGAGAUCUUUGGAAGUGAAGAUGGAUGCUGUUGUAUAGACAAUAGCCGAGGUGGAGAGAAGAGAGAAGAUUAAGAGGAAAGUGAAGUAGAAUAGUUUGAAGAGUACAAGAGUGAUGAACUGCGAUGAAACUAUGUCGGUGAGUUUGUCGUAUUUUGGCGUGCCUUGUUGGGUUUGGUCGAUUUGUUGUUCGGUGUGUACGAUUUUCUUGAAGAUGAGGUUGGAGACUUCUAUAUGGAAGAGGAAGAUGAAGGAGAGAGGGAGGAUGAGAGUUAAGGUGAUUUGUGAGAAGA